ACUUAAUUUCAAAGACACCGUUACUAUUGGUUGCAGUUGCAACUAGCUAACGAUGCUAAAGCGAUUAAUCCUCUUGGAAAACAUGGAACACAAUUUAUCUUACCAUUUGGUGUUAGGGUAAUGGUGAAAUAUGUCGGUGUGGUGACGUAAUCGGCUUCAAAUUUAUUUGAGGAGCUAACGGGAGCUAGCAUCCGAAUAGCCUGCAAAUCCAGCGGUUAGCUCAAGAUAACAGAAUAAUGACCGUAGAUGAAUAGGACACAAGGAAUCUGUAAACACAGAUUACACGAGACUAAACCGGAUCAACAGGACCAGCUGGCUCCAUCAGGUGAACAUGAUUGAGACAGUCCUGGGCCUAGGCUGAUCCAGGCUAGAUUCCUGUGGUUCCCUUUCCUUUAGGCUGCCAACAUCUCCAGUAUGACGAACUGUGAUCCGCCUGUUAUAGAGGACUCUUCUUCUGGUACUGGUCCUGCUUGUUUCCACCCUCUGGCGGAGAAGGCCAUGUCCGAGUCUUAUCUCCGAAUGCGAUACCAGGACACGUCCCUGCUGAUCUGGCAGCAGCAACAGCAGGACCUGGAGGCAGCUUCCCCCUCCACCUACCUGAACCGCAGCCAGUCAACCUGGUACAGCAGCUACGGAAACCAGGCUGUGCUGAUCCGGGACAAGAGGGGCCUGCAGGACUCUGAGGGUCUAUCCAGGAUCUGCAGAAUCAUGUAGACUGGAGACAGACUGGAUUGAAACUGAUCCGCACACAGGACCUGUGUCAUUCAGACUGAAAUGCAUAUAGUGUUUAUUGGAUUUAGGUUUAAAUCCAAAGCGAAACACUUAAGUCAACUGUCGAACAAAUAUGGAAUUUUAAUUUUAUAUUCAGAUUUAGUUAAAAGCCAUAAAAUUAUUCAGUGGCCUAAA